UUUUUUUUUUUCAUUUUUCCUUUCAUUACUAUAAUCCCCCUCCCUUCUUACCCCAUUUAACAUUUUAGUACAAUGUCAUCUUCUCAUAAACCACUUUAUUCAACUUCCAAUGAUAAUAGCGGUGAAAUAAAAUUAAAACAAAUUGAAUUGACGGAAAAUACCCAUGGUGACCCAUCAUUAUUACCUUCACCUUGUAGUUCUCAAGCAACCACUAGUCAACAACCUAACAACAAUGAAGUUACAACUGAACGACGUUGCUGGAUAUGUUUUGGUGAAGAUAAAGACUCGGAUGGAAAGUGGGUAAAACCUUGUCCUUGCUCGUUAGUGGCACAUGAACAAUGUCUAUUGGACUGGAUUGCCGAAAACCAAAAAGGACGUUCACCCAUGAAAAAAGUACUUUGUCCUCAGUGUUCUAUGCCUUAUUAUCUCUUUGAACAUCGGUCCAUCUCUUUGGCUUGUCUUGAAUCUAUACAAUCAGUGGCUCGGGCAGCAGCUCCUUAUCUAAUGGUGUUUGGUUUGGGUUGUUCUAUUCUUGUGGCAGCUAGUACUUAUGGAGCUUAUACUGUAUUGACCUUGUUUGGUAGGAAAGAAGGUGAACGAUUACUUGGACCAACAAACUCUUGGACUUGGCGUACUUUUCUUGCUCUUCCAACUAUACCUUUUGCAUUGAUUGCGUCUCGAUCAAGAUUGGCAGAUGGUAUUCUCCCUGUUGCUGCUCUUGUUCUUUUACGUGCUAGUGCUCCUGUGGUUGUUUCAUGGCCUCCUUCUCCUGCUCUAGUAGUUGGAUCCUUACCUUGGAUUAGGUUGGUCUACUUUACAUUUUACUCAAUGGUACGACAUCAUCUUUCUCAAAAAUUAUCUAUUCAACCACCAACCAGUCGUACUCGCUCUAGAUAUACUCGAUUUUCUUUAUACCACUAUACUAAUCAAGAAAUCAUGGAUCAACGAGAUCAAUCAUCAUCAACAACAACGAAUAAUCUACCACCCAAUCGGGAUAGUCAAGAUGCAGAUCUGCUUUAUGGUCGGAGUCAUCGUGAUUUGAAUGUCACAAUAAUGGGUGCUUUACUUUGGCCUACUAUUAGUGGAUUCAUUGGAAAUGGUUUGAAACAAAUCAAAUACAUUCGGUAUUAUUUUCCCGAAGCUUUCCAUCGAAAUCUUUUGGGAGGUUGCUUGUUUGUGGUUGCCAAGGAUAUGGCCAUCUUAUUAUAUCGAUACAAACGUAUUCUUCAACGCAGAUCUCGUCGCAUUAGACCAUUCGAUGAACCUUCCUCUCCCAAUGAAUGAUAAUAUAUUAAUAUGAAGAAUAUCUCAUUAUCUCUCUUUUUUUCAUUUUGUUUUUUUGUUAUUGUAGAUAGUUUAUUUUUUAGUAUAUGCUUUUUUUUAUAUAUGUGAUCAAUAAUAAAAGAAAUGUGUCUUUUUCUUUUUACGUAAUCCUACAAAGAUUUCAGGGUCGUUCGUUGGAGGGAAAAAAACAGAAAUGAUCGGACUGGAAUUGAAAAGAAAAGACAAUCAUGACUGAAUUUUCCCUCACUCUCUCUUUUUCUUUUCUUUCUUUUUUUUUCUCACUUUUAAUAAUCCAUUCCAAUCCCAUAUUCCCUUAUGCGUCUUAUUGUUCGUCAAGAUUA